ACGUCACUACGUCACCAACAGGUCAGAAAAGCGGUAGUAGACAGCCGGCUACUUUGUUCGGAAAUACUGCCACAUCUAUAUUUUGUUUACUAAUAUUAAACUAAUAAUGGAGGAGAUAUUACUAAAGUUACUUGUAGCGGAUAACACAUCUAUUCAGCAGGGAACUACAGAACUUAGAGAAGCUUUCAAGAAGCCAGAAAGUAUACCAGCAUUAUGUCAACUUAUUGUAUCAUCAACAAAUUCACAGAUAAGACAAUAUGCAGCUAUAUUGCUAAGGAAGCGUUACGCUAAAGGCAAACAUUGGUUGAAAUUACCACAACAUAUACGCAAUGAAUUUAAGACAGUAAUUUUGCAGGCAUUAGUUAAUGAACCAGAAAAAAUGGUAAAGAAUGCGAUUGCACAGUUAAUAGGCAUAAUUGUAAAACAUGAAUUGCCUAAUAAUGGAUGGCCAGAAGUUUUGCAAUUUGUACAGCAACUGAUUACUAGUGAAAAUUUAGCGAAUAAAGAGUUGGGAACAUAUACCUUGUCAAUUAUGACUGAAAUUGCACCUGAUGCCUAUCUUACACAUGCCGCAUCACUUGCAAUUCUUUUGGGACAAACAUUAAAUAGUUUACAAGAUUUGGGAAAUCCUGUAGCAUAUUAUAUUUUAAAAAUAAUGCAGAGUCUUGUUCCCUUAGUUGAAGGCAAUCAAAUGAUGGUAAAUGCUUAUCAUCAAAUGAUGCCACAAAUAAUGGCCACAAUUCAAUCUCUUACUACUUCUCACGAAGAUAAAGCUAUUCAAUGUUUUGAAUUAUUAGAUGAAUUAUGUGAAAAUGCAAUUGCUGUGAUAGCACCACAUGUCAAAGCUCUUGUUACUAUGUGCCUUGUUAUUGCUGGUAACAAAGCAUUAGAUGAUGCCCUCAGAGUUAAAGCAGUUGGUUUUAUUGGUUGGUUAGCUAGAACAAAAAAGAAAGCCAUAAUCAAACAUAAACUUGUUGAACCAAUUUUAGAUAUGCUAUUUAAUCUCAUGUCCACACGACCUGAGGAUGACAAUGAUGAGGUUUACUUCAGUGGUGAUAAUGAAGACAAUACUCCUGUAACAUGUGCUACUCAAACUUUAGAUUUACUUGCACUUCAUUUGCCCCCAGAGAAGCUAAUUCCACAACUGUUGCAAUACAUAGAACCCAGUCUGCAAGGUACAGAUGUAUAUGCAAAGAAAGCAUCAUACUUAGCAAUGGCGGUAUUAGCAGAAGGUUGUUCAGAAUAUAUCCGCACUAAAUAUCUCGAAUCCUUCUUACGUUGCACUUGUCAAGGAAUUAGUGAUCCCGUUCCGGUAGUGCGUAAUGCUGCACUCUUUGCCUUGGGACAGUUUUCUGAACACUUACAGCCAAAUAUUUCUCAAUACUCAUCCGAAUUAUUACCAGUAUUAUUCGAAUAUCUUGGUCAAAUAUGCGCGCAUAUUAAGCAAGAAAAGAAAGAACCACCUUCGGUUGAUCGUAUGUUUUAUGCAUUGGAAAUGUUUUGUGAAAAUUUGAAUGAAAGUCUUUUACCGUAUUUACCAACUUUAAUGGAAAGACUCUUCGAAAUUUUGAGCGCGGAUACUCCAGUCCACGUUACAGAACUUGCCCUGAGCGCCAUAGGUUCAGCUGCUAUGGCGAGUAAAGAGCACAUGCUACCAUAUUUUGAAAAAAUUAUUACUAUUCUCGAUGGUUAUCUUUCAGAAAAACAAAUAGAAGAAACUAUGUGUCUUCAAGUGCAAGCAGUUGAUACCCUUGGAGUAAUCGCAAGAACAAUAGGUGAUACAAAUUUUGCACCUUUGGCUGGUAGGUCUCUUAACUUUGGAAUGAAGUUAUUGAAAGAAACAGAAGAUCCGGAUUUGAAAAAGUCAAUUUAUGGAUUGUUUGCAUCAAUUAGUACGAUAAUGAAAAAAGAAAUAGCAGCUGCUUUACCAGAAAUCAUUGAGUACAUGAUUACAAGCAUACAAAGUUCAGAAGGCAUAGUGCCUCAUUUUAAGGAAGAUGAAACUUCUGUUUUCCCGAUUUAUGAUGACCUUAGUGAAAAUGAAAAUGAAAAUGAUGAAGAAGAUAUUGAAAACACAGAUAAUGAAGAAGAUGAUGAUGAUGACGAUGUGGCGGGUUAUAGUGUUGAGAAUGCAUACAUUGAAGAAAAAGAAGAAGCAAUUCUAGCCUUAAAAGAAAUUGCGGAAAAUACAGGAGAAGCGUUUCUGCCAUAUCUUGAAAAAUCUUUUGAGGAAACAUUCAAAUUAAUCAAUUAUCCACAAGAAGAUAUUCGUAAAGCUGUCAUUGAUGCCAUUCUACAGUUUUGUUUUAGUUUUUCAGAUAUUAAUACUAACGAAGGAAUGCAAGCAUUAUUAAAAGCUCUCUCUGUAUUUAUUCCAAAAUUGUCUGAAUUGAUAAGGUUGGGUGAUGAACGAACAGUAGCUAUUAGUGGCUUAGAUGCUUAUGCAGAACUUCUGAAAGAAAUAAAAUCAGAUGUUCUUAUCGGAGAAGGUCAUAAAGAGGCUAUUAUAAAUUGUGUCACUGAUGUCAUGUUAGGAAAGACGGAAUGUCAAGAUCAAGAAGAAGCAGAAGACUUAGAUAUUGAAGCUGAACAGGAUGAAUUAUUAGUUGAAUGUGCGGGUGACGUAUUUUGUAAUUUUGGAAAAGUAAUCCCACCAGAAGACUUUGGGCAUUAUUUUCAAGUUGUGUUGCCAAUGCUCUUAGAAAGAUUGAAAAAAAACAAAUCAGAAGCUCAAAGAUCUUUUGCAGUUGGUACAAUCUCAGAAUGUUUUUCAGCCCUUAAACAACAAACGUCUAAUUUCAUACACAUCCUGCUUCCUACAUUUUUGAAACUUGUAGAUGAUCCAAAUGCUGAAGUUCGAAAUAACGCAAUAUAUGGAAUUGGCGAACUUGCAUUGCACAGCAAUGCUUAUAUGCAUUUUCCCGAUAUUUUAACAGUUUUGUCAAAUGCGAUUUAUAAAGAAUCACAUGCAGGAGUACGUGAUAAUAUAGUUGGAGCAAUUGCACGGCUUAUCAUCGUUAAUUAUAUGAACGUGCCACUUGAUCAAGUAUUUCCAAUUUUUGUUAAGCAGUUGCCACUAAAAGAAGAUUUUGAAGAGAAUAAAGCAGUUUUUAGAAGUAUAUUAACGUUAUAUCAAGCUGGUCAUCCUAUUUUACGAUCAUACAUGGACGUAUUACUCAAAGUUGCAGUCAGUGUAUUACAUGAAAAUAGAACUACAGAUGAUGAAGCGAAAAAUACUGUUAUGGAGUUCGUUAAAUCUGCCCAGCGAGACUUUCCAGAUGAAUGGAAUUCCGUGCUUGUCGAACUUUCAGCGGAAGUUGCCACGAACAUUCAAUACAUAUUUUCUUAGGUUCCAAUAUGGAUUCGAAAACUAUUGUUUUUGGUUGUUUCGGAUUGCAACAAACAUUCAGACUGAUAGAUGAAAACAUUUGCGCCUCAACGGAAGUGAUAUGCGCCAUAUAUCUCAUGUUUUUAAGUUAUAUCUAAUGAAUUGAAGAUUUCAAUACUAGUUAUACUAGUUAACAAUUUUAUAUACAUCCAUACAGUGUCUAUUAUUUAUAAACAUCAUAAUUAUGGAAAUUAUAUUUCUUUUUAUAUAAUAUCAAACGGUCAAUAAGUGCAAUUAAUCACAUCAAUAGUAACAGUAUACUAUUAAAGCUUUUGGUGCUCAUAUUUUGUAAUACUGUAUGAUUUUACAGAAAAAUACACCUAGUAUGGAAAUAUUUCUUCCUUUUUCUAGACAACAUAUAUUAAAUUCUAGUCUACACAAUUUUUGUUCUUUCUUAAUUUCUUUUUUAUAAAUACAGCCAGACUUAUUGAAUAAUAAGUAUUAAAUUCCACAAAUUAACUUGACAUAAAAAUAUAAUCAGAAUAAUUAAAAGAAUUAAUUUAUUGCACAUCUACUUGUUGAAAACUAAGUUUUCAAGCUGUUAUAUAUAUCUAGAAACGAACCAUUUGUUAUUACAUUCUGUUUGUUUCUAAUCAAGAGUGGUGCAUAUAGCAUGAAGCAUUAUGUGUAUACAUUGAAUACAAAUGUAUCAUUUGAAAAAUAAAAUUGUUGCACUACAUUGGUUUUACAAACAGGUUUUGUAUUUUUUUUAUUAUAUAAUUAUUAAACUAUAUAAAUUUCCACUUAAUUUUAUCGAAGUUCAUAUUUAUUAAAGAGUUAAAAAUUUCUUCAAUAUUGCUAUUAUGAAUCAUUAACAGAAGACAGAAGAUUUAUUGCGUUGUUUAUUUAGGCAAACAUAAGAUUAUACAUGCUUAUUAUGUUUGUACUACUACAAUUGGUCGAAAUGUUUUACUAUUGCGAGUAACUUUAUAUUGACUUAAUUUAAUUAUAAAUAUAUAAAUAUAGCGAAUGAACGUUACAGUCAGUAACAUAUAUUGUCAAAAUUAUAGUAGACGUUGAAUUUAUCACAUUAUUAAUACUUCAUUUAAGAGUACGAGAUAACUUAACGAGCCUUUGUACCCUCAUAAAAUUAUCAAAUAUUCGUCUUGUUAAUUUAUCACAUACUAUUUCAAUGUAUAAAAAGUAUAAGAUAUAAUUAUGGUAUAUUUGUGCAAAGAUUAGGGAGAGAAUCAUGUUAAUGGCGAAUUAUUAGCAUUUCAAUGUUCACCACUGUAUAGUAUUAAGAGGAAAAAAGUUUGUAUGUACAUGUUUGUUUGUAUAUUAUAUUGAUGAAGUAUUAUACAUAUGUACAUUAUGAUAUAUGCAUUAAAUUAAUACUUGUGUGGGAAAUAUGAGUACGAAAUCCUAAACGGAAUUGUAACGCGAAAGAAAUGAAUGGCAAGUUUUAAUUGGAUAAAAAUUGAUGAUUUUUAACAACAUGAA